UCACGGAGCGCCACCCAUCUCCCAAUUUAAAGUCCUGUCUCCGUUCACCUUUGUAUUUGGACGCGCAUCCUCAUUCAGCAGCAGCCCAAGCGUCUCAAUAACGUUAGCCGGAACCGUGGGGUUUAUAGGGCAAUGAUCUCACCGGAGCUUAAUUUUAAUUUAUUUUCGAGUGACCUUUCACUUUACCUUAAAAACCAAGUUAAAGUCGAGCUAUUCGGCUCUGGGGUUGGACUAUCAUUAGUGCUCGGAUUCAGCGCCGCUUAUGCCUGCUACUACCUGAUCUCUGUGGCCAAGAAACCCAUACUGAUAGCCGGAGGGAAAAAGUUCCAUCAGUUCCUGAGAGACCAAUGCCCCGUAGUCUCGGAGACGUACUACCCCACGUUCUGGUGCUGGGAGAGUCGAGUUCAAACGCUGCUCAGACCCUUCGUGACUGCGAAGCCCUGGGUCAGCUACAGAAAGUGAGCACAUUUCCCUCAC